AUGAACAACGCAACUCAGACCGUCCCAUCUCGUCAACCGAAGAAAGCCACAUCUGCGUGCGAAGUAUGCCGUGCUCUCAAGGUGAAAUGUAUUCAACCGGAGGAAGGACAACCUUGUACUAAAUGUGCCAGAUCAAACUCUCAAUGUGUAUUUCCAGAGCCGCGACAGCGAGAUCGAGUUUCACAACGAGCGAGACCGCGACUUGCCGAUCUUGAGUCCAAGCUCGCCAACAUAAUCGGUCUUCUUUCACGCUCAAGUGCACCCCAUGGUGGAAUCCAAACUCCCGUUGAGACUGGUUCUGGACUGCCUGCAAUUCCCGAUUAUUUCAGCAGCAGCCCACAUCCAGCAGCUGAAUUGAUAAGCCAAGGGUACCUGGCUGGUUCUGAAUUGGACGAAAGCCCCGAGUUGAGUGAUAAUCAGAAUGCCACGGAAAAUACCCCGAAGGAAUCAUAUGGUGCGUCUACCGCCAUGGACGCUGCUUGGAUCACCGACCUGGGACUCGGCCUCGUCGUUCUCGAUCAUCUUUUAGAUACGUUCCGUGGUAUGGUGUCCUACUUCCCAUUCGUGCAGCUCUCAGAAUCCUGGACUGCUGCGUCAAUGGCUGAAGAUCGCCCUUUCCUAUUGCUCGCAGCCGUUGCUGCUGCGUCCUCGAAAUUCUGCCAUCUUCAAGACGCUCUGAUCAGACAAUUUAAAGAAUCUCUCAGUAAGCGGGUCGUCAUGGCUGGUGAGAAAGAUCUAGAUCUGCUCCAAGGGCUACUUGUUCACCUUGCUUGGUUCCAAUUUCACUUUAUUCCAGGAAGUCAGCAAGACUAUUUGUACUUACAAAUCGCAAUCAGCAUGGUGAUUGACCUUCACCUCGAUCAAGAGGCUGCCGACUUGCUUGAGCGGCGGACCGAGCUGGGCAAUAUCUAUACUCGUGAAGCAUGCCGUGCUUAUCUGGGCUGCUAUUAUCUAUCUGGCAUAAUAACAAUGUCUUCAGGAAGACCCAACAAUCUUCAAUAUCAUAAGAACAUGCUUCCAUGCGCUAUGAUGCUACAACAACAGCCAGAAUUCGAGACAGAUUCCUUGAUAUAUCCAGUGACGAAAGUGCUACAGUUUGCCGAGGAGGUCUGUGAGACUUACAGGUCAGAAGGUCUUUAUGGCCCUCGUCUAUACAUCCAUGCUGAACGAUUCACAACGCGGUUAGAAGACUGGUGGUCCUCUCUAUCGAUGCAUCUUCGCAAUACAAUAUUGCUGAUCAAUGCCUAUCAUACCGUCAAGAUUCGGAUUCAAGAAAUGGGCUUGGUAUAUCGCUAUGGACCGAGAAAAACGCCAGUUCCAAAGGCGCAGGCAGAUUCCACUCUGUUAUCUGUGCCUCCAAUGGUCAUCAGCAACUUGAUCAAAUGCGUCACCUCUACAAAAGAAUCUCUCGAUUCCUUUCUUGCAAUUCCCGUUACAGGGCACUGUAGCUUGCCAUUUUCCACGUGGUAUCAGCUUAUUCUGACAGUAUUUGUGCUGUACAGGUUGUCCGUAGGACUGCUAGAAGUACCCGAAUGGAACGUGGAGAUUGCACAGCAAACGGUGGAUCUACAAGCAUACUUUGACACUCUGUUGUCUUAUCUACACAUUAUGAAGUCAUCACCAGACCGGCAAAUACCUACGAAGAGCCUCUUUUCAAGGAUUCCCGAGAUCAUGGAAAGCGUAAGAACUUCCUAUGCAUUAGCAAGAGAGGACAUCGUAGAGGUUCGUGACAGUAGUAAUGCUCAUCACGAGCUUAAUGCUUCGAACAACACAGCUUCGUCUGUUCAGAGGUUACGCCGUUGCCCUGCAUUGCGGUAUUCAAACCGCCAGGUCACCCAAGCUCCGAGCCAACCUGCGCCACAAAAUGCUAUCGCUAUGGAAAUCCAGAGGAUAGAAGAUGAGAAGCUAUGGGGUGAUCUUUUGGUGAUGGAGACUCCUAGCAUAAUCUAG